AUGGAGGCUUUGCAUUCAACACUCAUGCAACGUUCAUGUCGUAUAUGGCUAAGGUGGCAAGAAAAGAUUUGCACUCUGGUAAACUGGACUUCACCCCCACUGGGCUGUAGCGAAGAGGUCGAUCGAGAAAAGUGUACAAGGUGGCGAAAUAUGGUUAAAUUGAGUCGAGCUGAAUGGGAACGUAUGGUUCAAGGAGUAACUAUUGAAGGAGAGGGAGGUGAAGAUGAAGAAGAUGCUGCAGAGGGCGAAGAAGAUGCACUAAAUGCUGCUGAUGAUGUUGAGCAAUAUGAGGUCGAUGAGAAGGUAGAUGAGAAUGAAGGUCCCGAGUGGAUACAUUAUUAG